AUGGCAGUUCCAGAAGAAGGAUCGGCCGUGGAGGCUGGAGGCCAGCCUGCUCCUGCUGGCUGGGUCGAGCGAACAGCAUUCGAUUACACUGCCAUGGCCGAAGCCGAAACAGCUGCCACCUGGGACGGUAAUGCCAGGGUUUAUCAAUGGAAGGACGAGUAUGGUGAUGUAGGCCCUGCAUUUGAUGAACUAGAGGUGGAACUGUUUGGGGAUCCCGAGUCCCGCAGAGAUCGCCAGACCGGCCUCGACUUUUCAAAGAUCGAGCAGAUUGAGGUGAUCCAAGAGGGGCCGCAGAGAAUCGAAUAUAUCAAGACCUUUGCGGAUGCCGGAAUUCAUCCGGUCAUGCUCAGGAACAUCGAACUCUGUGGAUACGAAGUGCCGACCCCGAUUCAAAAAUUCACCAUCCCAGCUAUCCUCCAAGGAUACGACGUGAUUGGCGUGGCCCAAACUGGUUCUGGAAAGACAGCGGCCUAUUUGAUCCCGAUCUUGAGCAAGCUCAUGGGAAAGGCCAAGAAGCUUGGGGCUCCUCGGCCCAACCCGGCUCGAUUCCAAGAAGGAAUCGACAACGUAAUCGCUGAGCCACUCGUGGUUGUGGUGGUUCCUACUCGUGAACUUGCCGUGCAGAUAUUCAACGAAGCGCGAAAGCUGUGCUAUCGCUCCAUGCUCCGACCUUGUGUCGUCUAUGGAGGAGUUCCUGUCCGCGAACAGGGCGGCCUUCUUUCUCGAGGCUGCGACAUCUUGAUUGGAACUCCUGGUCGCCUUAAAGAUUUCAUCGGACGUCCCGAAGUCUUGUCUCUGCGCCGCUUGAAGUACAUGAUCAUUGACGAGGCUGAUGAGAUGCUCAACGAUGACUGGGAGUCUGAACUCCAGGCCAUUCUCUCUGAGCAAGACGUGGGAAAUGUCUACUACGGCCUCUUCUCUGCUACCUUUCCCAAGGCUGCGCGAGACCUUGCGAAGAAGUACUUGUGUGAUUCACAUGUGCGCUUCCGAGUUGGUCGUGCCGGCAGCACCACAGAGAAUAUUAAGCAGAUGAUUGUCGAAGUCAGUCGUGAAGGGAAGAAUGAAACGCUUCUGACUCUUCUCGAAGAGAUGAAUGGUGUUCGUACCAUCAUCUUUGUCAACAGUCGUCAAGCUGCCGACACGCUCGAUGAUUUUUUGUUCAAUAUGAAGCUGCCGGUCACUUCCAUUCAUAGUGACCGCACUCAAGUUGAACGGGAGGCUGCUAUGCGAGCCUUCAGAUCUGGCCAUGCGCCCAUUCUCGUAGCGACCGGCGUGACAGCUCGCGGAAUUGAUGUCCGCAAUGUCAUGCACGUUAUAAACUACGACCUCCCAUCGAUAGAAUACGGCGGUAUUGAAGAAUACACCCAUCGAAUCGGCCGCACUGGACGCAUUGGCCACCGAGGUGUCGCCACCUCGUUCUUUACAGAACGUGAUGAGCCUCUCGCUAGUGUGCUCACCAGAACUCUUCUGGAAACCAAUCAGGAUAUACCCGACUUCCUCCAGUCAUACGUACCGGAAAAUUGGUCCAGUGGAACCAAGGUGAAGUUUGAGACUGAAUCUGACUUCGACCCCAACGACGUUGCAGGUGCCGGGGAGGGAUGUGGUAAUGAGGGCGGAGGCUGGAACGCAGACGAUGAAGGCCAAGGCGAUUCUGGCGGCGGCUGGGGCGGCUCGGGAGGAAACGAUAGAACUGUUACUGGCGAAGCUGCCAACUCUGGCGGCGGCUGGGGAGCCGACGCCGCUCAACCAGCUGCUGGAGCUAGCUGGUAA